AUGACAUUCAGAAACUAUAAAAUUGAUAAUAUCAAAUGCCCAAUAAUUAGGUUUGUACUAAACAGCAUGCCUGUGAAAUAUAUGUUUGCUAAAGCACAACAGUACGGAUAUUUCGACAAUUAUAGAAAAUUUGAAUUUAAUGCUGAGACAGUGACAUUAAUUACAGGAGGUGCUAAUGGUCUUGGCUCUGAAAUUGUCAAGUUGUUGCUUACCAAGCCUUCCAAGAAGAUCAUAAUAGUUGAUGUUGUACCUCCAAUCCCUGACUAUUUAAACAACCCAAAGGUUCUUUUUCUGAAGUGUGAUAUUUCUGAUGAGAAACAAGUUAAACAUUUAUAUAAAAAGGUUAUUUCAGAUUUUGGUUAUAUUUCAGUCCUCAUCAAUAAUGCGGGAAAGACGACCAUCGAGACAAUAUUUACCACAGAUGAUAAUCAAAUUGACAAUGUCAUCAAUAUAAAUUUCUUAGGAGCAUAUUACUUGACAACUUUGUUUCUGCCUCACUUACUGGAAAGAAUGUCCGGCUGUGUGGUAAAUGUUUCUUCAAUUUUGGGAGAAACUACUCCUGCAAGAUUAGCAACAUAUGGUGCAUCAAAGGCCACUUUAACUGCAUUUCAUAAACUGUUAACGGACCAUAUAGCCCGGAUCCCCUGCUGUCAUGUAAACACAAUUUUGGUAUGUCCUGGAAAAUUGGAAACUAAAAUGUUUGAAGUGGUGAGUACACCAUCUAAAGUGUUAGCACCAGAUGUUGACCCGGCCAAAUUAUCUGUUGAUAUUAUUAAAGCUGUCGAGUCAAAUAAUCGUUGUAUAAUCAGAAGACCGUAUUAUACUAAUCUUCUACCCGUUUAUAACACGUUGGAUUGGCCCUUUGUAUGGAUGAUAAAACAUAUGAGUGGGAUGAAUAAAGUUACCGCAUUAUAG